CGGUCUAACGUCCAGGAGGCGUUUAGAGACACUGAAUUACCUGAUUUGGAUUUUUUCAUAGCCCUAUAAAUUCGGAUUUCAUUUUGUUUUGCGUACAUUACUUUGACAGUUCUAAGAGCACUGCAAACAUCAAAAGCUGAAAUGCUGGGUGGUGUAAAGGUCGAGAGUAAUGACGACUGGUCAACUUAUUAUCAGGACAACGAGCUUUACUCUGGGGUGAACAAUAUGAGCUCAAGUCUUGGACUCAACAGUUAUCUCCCUGGCACUAUGAUGGCUAGCACCAUGGGACUGCCUUACAUCAACAACGGGCACUCUGGCUCUGCAAUGGGUGGAACUGGAUCAAUAAAUAAUGGCGGUUUGACAGGAAUGAGCACAUCACUGUCUCCCAUGGGAGUUUUUCCAGCUCAGUCUGGGUUUGGAGGAACAGGAAGCUCAUUAUAUGGACUGGAAGUACCCCGAGAUGGCAAGGGAUAUCGCAGGAACUACAGCCAUGCUAAGCCACCUUAUUCUUACAUCUCUUUGAUUAGCAUGGCUAUUCAACAGUCACCAAACAAAAUGAUGACUCUCAACGAGAUUUACCAGUGGAUCCGUGAUCUGUUCCCUUACUACCGUCAAAAUCAACAGCGCUGGCAGAAUUCCAUCCGUCAUUCAUUAUCUUUUAAUGACUGCUUUGUCAGGGUGCCACGCUCGCCUGAAACACCUGGAAAAGGAUCCUACUGGGCACUUCAUCCUGAUUCAGGCAAUAUGUUUGAAAAUGGAUGUUACAUGCGGCGGCAGAAACGUUUCCGGUGUCAGAAGCAGGACAAGAAGAACAGCAGCGGCAGCAGUGGGUCUGUUGCUAAUGGUUUGCCAAAAGAAGACAAAAGAAACCAAGUCAGUUCCCCAGAAUCUUGUCAAGACGCCUCUCCUGCUCAAUCCCCUCAGCCAAGUAUAGAAAAGGUGGAUACAUCUCACACUACUCAUGUUCUAGAACAUUCACCUCGGCAGCUGCAUGAGCCACAACAACAGCGGGAUUCUAUGCCUCAGCACUUUCAGCAUCCGAUCCCUCAACUGGUCCAUCAAGAAAGUUGCCUGAGGACCGAUCAGCUUGCCCACCCUUUUUCAAUUAACAACCUCAUGUCUGCAGACCUACAGCAGCCUGGACAUAGAGCAGACCUGUCCUAUGACCACAGUGUGGCAUAUUCCAAUUAUGGCUCUAGCACUCCUGCACAUCUAAACAUGAACACUUUUGCUGCCCGUGAAAUGUCUCCCCUUGGAGCUGAAGGACCGUACUAUUCUGGCAUGUACUCUGUACCCAUUCUAAGCUCCUCCUGAUGCAGACAUUUUCUACUAUGUCAUUUGUAGACAUUGGUGGCACAAUGAAACACUAAAAUAUGCAGAGACUUUGCCAGCCGAGUGGUGGAAUUAGUGUUAAGAGACAAAGUUAGGUAUGGUAUAUCACAGUUUUAGGAGAAAGAGGACCCUAGAGGUCAAUUUUUAAAAGAUCUCCAAGCAGGCCAUCGUUUACAUACCAGUAGUCAGAUAAAAAAAGGACAUGAUACUCAUUGAAGAGUGUGUUGAGAAAAUGUGGAAAGAAAAUAGUAUUUAGUAGAUCCUAAAGAGUGAGCAGAAGAUAUUGAAUGCUUGUCUUCAAAAAUAUGAUAUAAGAGGAUUUCCCUUUGAGAUUAAAAUUGUACAUGAAUAAAGAGUCCUUUGUAUUAAUCUGGUCAUUUGUCCCAUUGUCUUUAACCUCAUUAGUAGAAGGAAGGAUCUUAAAUGAAAUGUAGUGGGCAUUGAUCACUGAGUUAAUUUUGUUAAAUAUGGAAUUUACUAUUUAUUCAUCUGCAGGUAUACAGUAUGUGUAA